UAUUGUAACAAAUGAUCGGGUUUGGGGUUCAGAUAAUUUUUAUAUCAUACGGGUGUUAUCUUUGAUGCUAAUGGUAAUGUGCGAGGAUAGUCCGGAUGACACUACUAUAUAUAAGAGCACACUCGAGAGAAGAGCUGACUCUGUGUUCGGCUGUUGAAGGAGUAGUAUGGUUAACACAAAGACGACCCCUCGGAGGGCAAAGGAAAUAUGUCCUGUGUGUUUUGUUGAACUGGAUGGUAAGGACGCAUGGUCCGAACAUGUGCUGAGCUGUGCAAGCAGUAUGAUGGUGUGCAAAGCCUGUCAUGUAUCCUUUAAGAAGAAGGAGUAUCUGCAGAAACACAUGCGGACAAAGCAUCCCGAUGCCCCUUCCUCAACGCAUAAGGACACAAGUCAUGAUCAGGAAGACGACAGUGACUGGGACGUGGAUCCCGAAGUUCAACUCGGCGAGGUUCGGACUGAACCCGCAGAAAAAGAGAUGGAAGCUUUACCGUCAACCUCUCAGGAUGACUUCAUCUCAGGAAGAGUGGUUCGAAAAAGAACAGCGCCAAGUCCAGUGUUUUCGUCCAGACGAACCAACCUUGGCAUUGUUGAAGAAACCGUGUCGAAGAAAAGUGUGGAGUUUGGGAUUCAAACUGACAACCUGGAUCCUGUCCUAUCCAAGAUCAUGGUAGAUGAAUCUACUCAAACAGAGGGCUAUCAUCGCAGAGUGAAGGAGAUCACCAUCACCAAAUACCAUGAAAAUGGGCAGAAAAUUAAGAGAAUCAAAGAAAGUGAAGAACUGUUUGAUUUGUAGAUACUUAUAAACAUUGUAGCUGUACUGUGUUUGUCGAACAUUUUGUUUCAUUUUACAUUUUUUGUUAUUUGCAUGUGUAUGUAUGCUUAUUCAUGUUCAUCCCCAAGAAGGUGCUAUACAUCCAUCACUCAUUUUGUACAUUAUUCAUGUUUG